AUUCAACCAGCUUCCCUAGAAACGAAAACAGGAUGGAAAGUGGAGGUACCUAAGCCUGGCUUCAGUGUGACACCAGCUUGGGAUCAAGAUGCCAAUCACAAAGUAACAGUUUUACCUUUCCAACAGGUGGAGGUACCUAAGCCUGGCUUCAGUGUGACACCAGCCUGGGAUCAAGAUGCCAAUCACAAAGUUGCCAGUUGUCCACAAGUUCGGCAUCAUCUCCCACAGCCAGCGCGUAGAGCUGCAGGAGCGCCUCCUCAAACAGACCUACCUACAGAGCAUCAAGAGCAGGAAGGCCAUUGCAUCUACAAGAAACCCACUGGAAAUAUCCGAGGACUUUGUGCAGCUGUACAAUGCUACUGAGAACAUCACUGACAGAGAGAGACUGGAUGAAACCGCCAGGAAGAUCUUAGAGAGGUCAAAGCGUCGAGCUGGCGUGAAGGACCAAGGUGAAGGUCAACAUGUAAAUCUUCCAAUGGCAUGGACGGAAAUGGCACAACUUGCACAGUGCAAGGGACGCUUUCAAGAAGAGUGCCUCGACAUCCUGAUCACUUCUCUGGAUGUGUCCCCCUUGGAGAAGUACCACAUUCCAGCCCUCUUCUUCCUGGCAGAGACCAUGUUGUACUGGCUGCGGACAGAGGCCGUACAUCAACCUUUCCUCCGCACCGCCGAAAUCAAACUCCUCAGGAUGGGCCAGUUGGUGUUCACGCGUCUGUUCUACCACCACAUGGCCGGACAGCUCCAGGGUCACACAGACUUCAAGAACAGACUCUUCACAUACCUGGAUGGACUACAAGACUGUCAGGAAGCCUACAGCCCAUACCCCAACGCUCUGUUGUCAAUCCGCUACAUCAUCGAGGUGGGAAAGAUCGUCCUGGCGGACGCCAUCAUUGAACCAGGGGAGGUGAAGGAGGGGGAUCGGAUGCCCCCCAAACACAACAUGGAGGCGCUCCACUCAGCAACACGAGAGCUGUAUGAGAAGCGUAGCCGUGACGACAGCCACUCCAUGCAUAGUGCAGCUAUCAGCAGUAGCGUGCACGACCUGAGCCCCACCCUGUGGCACGCCCUGGACGUGUGGCGCUGCACCAACCACUUGGGUGGGGGCUUCCACGAGGCUCUGAAGGCCCUGGGUCACUGUGGGCUGGGGCUGGCUGAUGAAAGCUGGGUUGACGGGAUGAUUGCCCUGAACAUCGUAGCCGAGGCGGCUAAGUCCAACAAGACGGCCAUGAAAGUGCUGCAUCGCCUGGCCCAGGGGCUGAGGCCAACUGAUGAAGCUCUCACGCCACCCCUCAGCUCUCGAUCAGGCAGCUCAGAAAUGUUCACAAUCUCAAGUGAGGAUGAUACAAAAUCAUCAAAGUCCAAAACAAGCAUCAGUUCCAAACAGUCACUGAGCGACAUCUACGAACGCAGCGAGGAAAGUGGGAUUGAAAAGAGGCGCCACCAUUCUGACCAAUCACCUCACAGCACUGACAAGUCACAAGCCAUGCCACCAGAUCCCCGAUCCACAAGCAGUCCGGCUGCCGAACACCAACCCUCAAGGCCGGCCCUUAAGAACACUGCCGACAUGAGGCUUCAGUCACGCGAGGUGUCCUUCGAUGAUGUGGUCAUCCACCGGACUGACCAGGUCACAGAAGAGAAGCUGCCUACAACCAGUUUCUCCAGCGGGUCCAAACUGACCCGAGCUACUCUGCACAGCAAUCAGAGCUCCAUGGCGGCCACCAUGGGAACAGGGUGGCGGGCGGAAGUGGGGUCCAACCUACCAAGUGCCAGGAUGUCGGAGGCAAGCUCAGUACCGACGUACACCAAUUUUGCUAUGCCGGAGAUGUCUGGCCUCCAUGGCUGGCACUGGGAGGUCGCCACGACCUACACUGACGUGUUGGCUGAUAUCUGCAUCCAUGGCGCCAGCGCCAGCAUUCAGCGCAUGGCAAUGGCUGGCACCAACAAGGACCUUUUGGAGCCCAUGAGAAGAGGGUACACCACAGUGCCGUUGCCUAGCGCUGGCCUGAUUGACUUGGUGUUCUUCAAGCCCUUGCAUGAGAUCAGGGAUGGAGGUCCAAAUGAUUGGAGCUGGAGGAUUCGGUACGGUGCCAUCCAGUCUUUAGUCAAGAUUUGCCGAUGUCUGGCCAAAGACCAGAACCGGGAAGGACUCCGGAAUGCUGCGUGGAACACUCUCAUCAAGGCACACUCGUAUGAGAAGGACGAUCGUGUCCUGGAGGCUCUCAAAGUGGGACAGGUCCACACAGACAUAGAGAGCAUCCUCAGCAAGCAGCUGCAUGUCCAGCCCUCCUCCAUCGGGACCCGCAUUGCCCGGGGGUUGUCUGUCGUAUACCUGCCUCCCCUCCCCCCACCAGGGGAGCACAGGCCACUCAAGAAGUCCCCCCCUAGAAGGAAGGUCCCCCUCAGACAUGAGAUUGGGCCCAAGACGUCACGGCAACCUUUGAGGACUUCUCUCAAGCAGGAGAUAAUGUUGGCUACUGCCUUGUACGAGCCAGCUGUCAACUUCAACACCCGCACUGACUUUGACCUGCGGAGGAUCGUGGAGGACCAGUGGCGGAAGGAUCUCCAGACCCAGCUGGAGGAGGAGGAGGUGGAACGUCAGAGACAUCUUACAGAGCAGCAGGAGGAGGCCGAGCAACAUCAGCGACAGAAAGCAGACCGGAAGUUCCAGAAGCUGCACAAACUGGACGAGGCGUCUCCCAGCUCCUCCGACACCUCCCUGGCUUCACAGACCUAGUGGGGGCUGGUGUCUGGGGUGGGGCUGGUUCCUGGGGGUCAGGUCACAUAUGACUGGCGACUUGGGUUCAAAGGACAACUUAUCAUAUUGGGCUCUUGUCCUGAGCAGCGCCGUUUACUUGCACUCCUUGAUGAUUAGGCAUGGAUUGUUAUAUCCAUAAUUGUUAUACCGAACGUUGUUAUGUUUAUGAUUAUUUUGUAUGUAUGUUCAGUAGGUUCAACUGAAGGAAUGACAUUGUAAUAAGUCAUUUUGAAACUUUUCCUAUCUCACGCUAUACAUUUCACAUUCUUUGUGGAAAUCACGUGUUCAGUGCAUGUAUAUCAAUCAGCAUGAAAAGCAUGCAUGACCAGACUGAUGGGUCUGACCACGGUGAUGCUAGGUGUGUUCGGGUAAAUUAUUUUUUUUAGAAGCUGGAAACCUUUGUUUAGGUACGUUUCCACUUAGGAUUGAAAGAAGAAUGAGAAAUGCAUAGCGUGAGAUAGGAAAAGUAUCAUAAAUGUACAAUUUAUAGUAAAUGUACAAAAUUCUGGAAGGCAAUAUGCUUAAUCGUGAUGAAUCAAAGUAUUUGUCUCAGCAUGUUCAGGACUGUUAUUAUUACAAGUGAAAAGCUAUGUGAUACUUUUUAUUUACGGUUUGCUGUUGCGUAUAUAUUUUUUUCUGGUUUGACUCAGUAAUGUGUGCUUAGUCUUGCAUUUUACAUCCAUUUUUACUUACGAUGUAUCUCAACUGCGUGGAUCGGUGCUCAUGAUAUCAAUCACUGGAUUCGUUACAGACCGCCGUCAUAUAGCUGGAAUAUUGCUGAGUGCGGUGUUAAACAACAAACAAACAAACAAUGUAUGUGAUCCUAAAUGUAUAAUAAAUGCAUUCACUAAUUCGUAUAUCUUUGAGUGCAUACUAGGUAAAUGAUUUGAAGUUAUCAUUACACAUGUAUUGAAAUUGUAUGCCUUUUUAACUAUCCAACAUACACGGAGGGGGCAACAAGAAGUAAAAUAUUUCUAAUUAAUCACCUCUUUGGAUCAAGUCUAAUUAUUGGUGUCACGUGUUAUAGUUCUCAGUGUGGCCUCGGCUCUGUUCCAUAAAGUGAUCACAGCGCUAUAACGAUUAUAUUUACCGGUAUUUGCUUCGCCUAACCGCAGUCAAAGCACCAACACCACUUUGGGGGGCAGGGCCCUCGCAGGUAGUUUAUUCUGCACAGUGAUCUUAUAUGAAGUAUAGAUGUGUUUCUAUUUGUCUUAGCAUUUUAACCUGAAGUGGAAAGGUACUUAUAUGUUGGUGUAAUAUUUGACUGAUUUACUUUUCUGACAUUCUAGUCCAACAAUUAUGAAUAAUAAAUAAUGUGUAUCUGACAAUCUGUAUAAUUGUUCUUGUUUGUAAUAAUAGCCGAUCACAUUAUUCAUAUUUGUUUCCUGUAGAUGAGAUCACAUGAUUGUCAGUAUUGUGUUUCUUCCAAUAAAAUCCUUUCCAAUGCCAAAUUGUUUACAAGAAUAUAUUGUCAUAACUUUUCUGAACAAUUUUUGCAGUUUUUCCCUUGUGUGAUUCUAUCUGUGAUACCGUAUCUCCUAUAUUGGAGGAAAGUGAAGCUUUAACAAGGUUGAAAUAAACACCUGGUACAGUCA